GCUCAGCUCUGGCAGUUGCUCCGUGGGAGCUUGGCAGGCGCUGGGGGAGUCUCUGGAGCGGGCUGGGCCCGGGGCAGAUGAUGGAUGGCUCUUUUGUUCAGCACAGUGUGCGAGUGUUACAGGAGCUCAACAAACAGCGAGAGAAGGGUCAGUACUGCGAUGCCACCCUGGAUGUGGGGGGCUUGGUGUUCAAGGCCCACUGGAGUGUCCUUGCCUGCUGCAGCCAUGUUUUCCAAAGCCUGUAUGGGGAUGGCACAGUGGGCAGCGUGAGCCUCCCUGCUGUUUUUGCUGAGAUCUUUGGCCUCUUGCUGGAUUUUUUCUACACGGGCCACCUUGCCCUCACUGCAGGGAACCGGGAUAAAGUACUCCUGGCAGCUAGAGAGCUUCAUGUACCUGAGGUUGUAGAGCUAUGCCAAAGCUUCAAACCAGAGGACUUUGUGGGACAGGAGCUGGCCAGCCCAGAGACAUCCAUCCCUGAGGAUUUGAAUGGCCACCUGAAGCGGCCACCUGACUCUGAAGAGGAAGAAGUGGCCAGGGUUUUCUACACAGGCAUUAGUUUUCAGCAGCCCUGCUCUCCUCAGAGCCCUCAUGGGGCCAAACCUAGUCCCCUUGGACAGAAUGAGAACCCUUCCUCUCCCCAGGAGAGAUUCCAGCAAACACUGAAGCCCAGCAGCAUCCCAGCCAGCCCUAGAGACAAAGACCUUCAGGACUGUAAAGACCCCCAGAGGCCCUUGAAGGCAGGAGGGGUCCUGCUACAGGCUGGUAGUAAUGAGUGGGAAGUGGUGGUCCAAGUUGAGGAUGAUGCAGAUGGAGAUGACAUUUCUGAAUCAGAAACUGUGCAGACCACAAGGAAGUCAGACAUGGCCCCAAAGGCUGGUGCUCUGGAGUCGGCCCUGAGCCUGGGGCCCCCAGUCGCCAAGCCCCGCAGGAAAAGAAAAGGUACAGCUGUGCCGGUUGAAUGCCCCACAUGUCAUAAAAAGUUCCUCAGCAAAUAUUAUCUAAAAGUCCACAACAGAAAACACACUGGGGAGAAGCCUUUUGAAUGUCCUAAAUGUGGGAAAUGCUACUUUAGGAAAGAGAAUCUCCUGGAGCAUGAAGCACGGAAUUGCCUGAACCGCUCAGAGCAGGUGUUUACUUGUUCUGUGUGCCAGGAGACGUUCCGGCGGAGGAUGGAGCUGCGCAUUCACAUGGUGUCCCACACGGGGGAGAUGCCCUACAAGUGCUCGUCCUGCUCCCAGCAAUUCAUGCAGAAGAAGGACUUGCAGAGCCACAUGAUCAAGCUGCACGGGGCCCCCAAGCCCCACGCGUGUCCCACCUGCGCCAAAUGCUUCCUGUCCCGAACCGAGCUUCAGUUACACGAAGCCUUCAAGCACCGAGGAGAGAAGCUCUUCGUGUGCGAGGAGUGCGGGCACCGGGCCUCCAGCCGCAACGGGCUCCAGAUGCACAUCAAGGCUAAGCACAGGAAUGAGCGGCCCUACGUCUGCGAGUUCUGCAGCCACGCUUUCACCCAGAAGGCCAAUCUCACCAUGCACCUGCGCACGCACACCGGCGAGAGGCCCUUCCAGUGCCACCUGUGUGGCAAAACCUUCCGCACACAAGCGAGCCUGGACAAGCACCACCGGACGCACACGGGCGAGCGGCCGUUCAGCUGCGAGUUCUGUGAGCAGCGCUUCACCGAGAAGGGGCCCCUGCUGAGGCACGUGGCCAGCCGCCACCAGGAGGGCCGGCCCUACUUCUGCCAGAUCUGUGGGAAGACCUUCAAAGCGGUGGAGCAGCUGCGGGUGCACGUGAGGAGGCACAAAGGCGUGAGGAAGUUCGAGUGUACCGAGUGCGGCUACAAGUUCACGCGACAGGCCCACCUGCGCCGGCACAUGGAGAUCCAUGACCGCGUGGAGAAUUACAACCCUCGGCAGAGGAAGCUCCGGAACCUGGUCAUCGAGGACGAGAAGAUGGUGGUGGUGGCGCUGCAGCCGCCCCCCGAGCUGGAGAUGGGCUCCCCCGAGGUGAUCGUGGAGUCCCUGGCGCAGGGCCUGGCGCAGCUCCCCGGCCAGAGACUCUGUUCAGAGGAGAACUUUGCUAGCUCGGACGUCAUGGAGCAGUCGCUCAUCAUCACCGCCGCCCUCCCCGAGGACUGCGACACCUAGCGGGCCUCCCUGCCUCCCUCCCCCCAAUAAAGCCUGUUGCUUUGCA